AUGGCCGGGUCACUACAAAAGUACCCUUCGCCGCUCAGCGGCUUUGAGGACGCCGCGCCUCUCCCAACAGACUUGGGCGAAGAUGGAAAAAGCUUUGUGAACCCUCCACGAGAGGGCCUCAGCGACAGCUACGAGAAAUUCACUGCACCUUUGGAUAAUGGGAGGAGAGGUGGCUUCGAUAUUCACAUUUACCAUUUCCAGAACAACCCCGCGCAGGUGAAGUAUGCAAAGGACCUGUGGGAGCGCAUCAGGAGAGAGUUCCCCGAGCUUCGAGUGUACCGCUUCUGGGACAAGCCUAUUGGUCCUCACCCUGUUGCUAUGUUCGAGGUCAACCUGUUCACGCCGGCUCAAUUUGGCGCAUUCAUCCCGUGGCUUGCUAUCUACAGAGGUCCCUUGUCAGCACUUGUGCAUCCCAACACUGACGAGGAGGGGAACCAGGCAGCCGUUGAGCUGAGGAACCACACGGAGCGGGCCAUUUGGCUCGGAGAGAGGAUCCCCCUUGACUUGGCUGGCUUUCAACACUGAGUCGAUGACAAAUUCUUAUCAUCUAUUUAAUAAUUUCAAUGCCCGAUGCGCCAGUUGUUCAUUAUUUGUUGUGCUUUGGCCGGUGUCGCGUCAUACAGUAUCGAGCCCCUCAAAGUUGCGAUAUGCAGCUCACCUAGCACGUCAUUAAAUCCGACAUCACGCCGAAACAGGCGGGCAAUUUGCAAUCGU